AUGCCUCGCAAAAAGCUUAGUAUACUAUGCUUCGGCGACUCUCUUACCUCGGGCUAUUUUUGCCAGGGUAUGAUGUCGCACCCAUACGCUGACAAGCUGGAGGAUCGACUCACGGGCACCUUUCCAGAGGUGGACUUUGAGAUUGUUGUAAACGGCUAUCCUGGCGACGCCGCUUCUUCUGAACGAUUCUCGAAUAGAGUGAAAUCUGCCUGGCGCGGGAGAAUAUAUGACUGGACUAUUGUCCUUGGCGGCACCAACGACAUAGCUUUCAGUAUUCCUCCAGAGGUAAUUUUCUCGUCUCUGAAGAAAACCUACGACCUCGCCCGGGACAAGGGCGCCAAAGUUCUUGCCCUCACUGUCCCAGAAUGCAGCGCAGAUAACGACAGAACCAUGGCAGCAAGGAAUGCGCUCAAUGAACGCAUUCUCAAGAACAAGAACCGGAACUACUACGCAUUCGACCUCAAAUCCAAAAUUCCAUUUCAUUCUCUCUCACAACAAGAUCGCCAAAGAUACUGGGAUGAUCAUGUGCAUCUGGGAAAAGAAGGCUACGACUGGAUGGGCAACCACAUCGCCGACGCUUUGAUAGAUAUUCUAUGGAGCGAAGGCACGUUUGAGCAGCCAUCAGAACCCUCAGAUGAGGAAGACAUGGAAGAAGAGUUUGUAUAUGAUGAGGAGGACGGCAACCCACGGAAUAUCAACGAGGGUUAUAUCGUUGUCCGCAAGAAAGAUUUGGACUAG